UUGUCACAUCAGGAGCUGCUUCUGCACAGAUUGUCUUUUCUGUGAUGCACUGAAAGUAAAAAGAUUCAACUCUAACAUAGCAGUGUCUCUUCGUGAGCCACUACCUCGGAACUUCUUCCGUUAGUUGUUUCCUAAUUGAUAGUCGCAAUGCUCGGGCUUGCGUGCCUCCCCGCCACCCUGCUCAUCUGGCUCCUGUCCUGCUGCGGUGCUGUCCGGGGAUAUUUUGCGGAGGAGCGCUGGAGCCCCGAGUCUCCGCUGCUCGCUCCCCGGGUGCUACUCGCUCUCAUCUGCAGAAACUCCGAGCACUCGCUGCCCUAUUUCCUCGGAACUAUUGAGCGUCUCAACUAUCCCAAGGAACGAAUGGCUCUGUGGGUAGCAACUGACCAUAACAAGGACAACACUACAGUCAUUUUGCGUGACUGGCUCGUCAAGGUGCAGAGCCUUUACCAUUAUGUGGAGUGGAGGCCAAAAGAGCAGCCCAGCCGGUACGAGCAAGAAGAGGGUCCAAAGCAGUGGACGGACCAGCGUUAUGAGCAUGUCAUGAAGCUCCGGCAGGUAGCCCUGGACUCAGCUCGGGAGAUGUGGGCAGACUACUUUAUGUUGGCCGACUGUGAUAACCUCCUCACCAAUCCCGAUGUGGUCUGGAAGCUGAUGCAAGAGAAUAAGACCAUCAUUGCUCCAAUGCUUGAAUCCCGUGCAGCCUAUUCAAACUUCUGGUGUGGAAUGACCUCACAGGGCUACUAUAAGCGCACCCCUGCUUACAUACCCAUGAGGAAGCAGGUACGGAAGGGCUGCUUUGCGGUCUCCAUGGUCCACUCAACCUUCCUCAUUGACCUCCGGAAAGAGGCAUCCAGGCAGCUGGCCUUUCACCCGCCACACCCAGAAUACAGCUGGGCCUUUGACGACAUUAUUGUGUUUGCCUACUCGGCUCGGAUGGCAGAUGUCCAAAUGUUUGUAAGCAAUAAAGAGACCUAUGGUUACUUCCCCGUGCCACUGCGAUCCCACAAUACUUUGCAAGACGAAGCUGACAGCUUCAUUCACACCUUGCUGGAGGUGAAUGUGCGUUAUCCCCCAGUGAUGCCAUCCAAUUACAUUCCUGUUCCUAGAAAACAACCUGAUAAACUUGGCUUUGAUGAGGUGUUCAUGAUAAACCUGCAGAGGCGGACAGACCGACGAGAGCGCAUGCAGAGAGCAUUAAACGAGCAGGGGAUUGAAUGUAAGGUCAUUGCAGCUGUAGAUGGAAAAGCCAUGAAUACCAGUGAAAUUCAGGCUUUGGGCAUCCACAUGCUCCCUGGAUACAGUGAUCCAUACCAUGGUCGCCCCCUGACAAAGGGGGAGCUGGGAUGCUUCCUUUCCCACUAUAAUAUCUGGAAAGAGAUUGUGGAGCGACGUCUGGAAACCUCCUUGGUGAUUGAAGACGACCUGCGCUUUGAGAUCUUCUUCAAACGUCGCUUGAUGAAUUUGAUGAGUGAGGUGGAAGAUGAAGGACUAGACUGGGAUCUCAUUUACAUUGGCCGUAAGAGAAUGCAAGUGGAUCACCCAGAAAAAGCUGUGCCUCAUAUACACAGCUUAGUGGAAGCAGACUAUUCAUAUUGGACACUAGGCUAUAUGAUGUCAUUACAAGGUGCAGAGAAGCUCUUGAAAGUAGAACCACUAAAAAAGAUUUUGCCAGUGGACGAGUUUCUUCCUAUAAUGUUUGAUAAACACCCUGUGUCUGAUUAUAUGGAACAGUUUGAAACCAGAGACCUAAAGGCUUUCUCAGCCGAGCCUCUUCUGGUUUAUCCGACACACUAUACAGGCGACAAAGGCUACAUCAGCGACACUGAGACCUCCACCGUGUGGGACAAUGACAAGGUCCGUACAGACUGGGACAGAGCACGCUCAGGAAAGACUCACGAGCAGGCAGAGAUCAGCUCUGAGGCGCAGAACUCAGACGUGCUCCAGUCACCUUUGGACAGUACAGCACGAGACGAGCUAUGAGAGGAACUGAAAGGGAGAGCCAAAUGUAGUAUCCCAAAGGACAAACACCCUCAGUUCUUUAACCAUGUCUUUGAUUCUUUUGAUUUUGCAUCAUAGCAGUGAUGUGGCAUCAGAGUUUGGAGACAUUUUUAAUUUAUCCAGGUGUUACAAGUUAUAAAGGGAUCCGUUUUGUCCUAUAUUUUUCAUGUUUUCAUUUAGUAGUUUUUUAUUUUAUAAAAGGCGCUAGACUUGCUGUUUGAAAUGGCAUUUGCAGUACCUGCUUUCUGUCUGUCAUACAGAAAUUAAUCUACACAAAGCAAAAAAAUGCAAUCAGACUGUAACUUUUCAGUCAUCAUGCAGUAACUUUGUCUUUAUUUGAUAUUACACUGUGAAAGGCCUUUUAAGAAACUCUUUUGAGGUAUGCAAAAGAAGUAUGCAAUAACCACCGGGUUGUACACUUCCAUAAAACGUUUCUUAAACCGAUGUGUAAAUGUGUCAAAUCAUUAGCUUCUGAAAAAUAUGUGAGGAGAAACAUCUGCAUGCUCUUUUCUUUGAUCUUCAGUAUUUUUUUCUUUUAAAACGUCUCAUUUCUGUGCUUUAAUGAACCAUUGGCCAUCACUAAAGAUGCACUCUUGCAGUCGUCUCAGAAUUGAUCGUUUUAAAGUUCUUCUGUAGAGUAUUUACUAAUGCACUUCUGGGACAGAACCGACCCAGCCACAUCUAAACCUACAUGAGUUUCUCCACCUCUUAGUCCAAUUGUUUGGAUCUGAAUUCAAGCUGAGCUCCCAGGAAGUGGAUGUUUAUAGGGUAAUAAUGGGAACAUUCAGCCUUGUACACAAACAUAUUAGAAAUGUCACAAGAAAUAAAAGUUUUUAUUUUUGAAAAAGCUGAA